ACCCAACUCUUGGAACCAUUCUCGUGACCUUGCACUUUGCUUUUUGGGCGCUGCGGCUUCCGUAGUUGUCAGUGUAGGGUUGUAGCUGUUCGUCGGUCGGGUCAAAUGAAUGAAGAUGUUUGCGUUUGUUUAGGACAGCCCGACCGCAGUAAACAUGUCUCUGUAUGGAGGAGGCAGCAGGGGCUUCUACUUCAACACGGUCCUGUCUCUGGCUCGGUCGCUGGCGGCUCCCCAGCAGGCACCGAUAGAAAAGGUCCAGAAGCUACAGUGCAUGUGUCCUGUGGACUUCAGAGGUGUCUUCCAGUUGGAUCAGAGGAGAAGGGAUGCUGUGAUUGCACUUGGGAUUUUUCUGGUUGAGUCUAACCUGCAGCACAAAGACGUUAUUGUCCCCUACCUUAUUGGGCUGCUUAAAGGACUUCCUAAAGUUCAGUGGAUCGAAGAGAGCUCAGAACGCAAAGGGCGAGAGACUCUUCCAGUAGCAGAGAACUUCAGCUUUUGUCUUGUAACGUUACUCUCUGAUGUCGCUCAGCGGGAUGAGAAUUUACGGGGACAGAUUCUGGAGGCGAUCAUGGACAUCAUGCGUGUCCUUCAAGACAUUUGCAAAACCCCAGACACUCGUGACAAAGAAUACCUGUGCAGGUACACUGUGCCCACCUUACUCGGUGUUGCCAGAGCGUUUGGUCGAUACAGCAACACUGAUGAGCCACUGCUGUCCAAGCUUUUUCCUCGUCCCUCAGCUCCUGGGCUGUCUGCGGGUGAUGGCAUCGACGCUGCUCCCCGGAGGUCCUUCAACGACUUUCGCUCAAUCCUCCCGAGCUCUCUGCUCACGGUGUGUCAGGGAGACACGCUGAAACGGAAAGGCUCCUCUAACUCCAGUGUGUCUCAACAGGCAAGUCCAGAGAGAGGAGCAGGUCUGACACCCUGUUCACCCUCAGGCCCCUCUGCUCAGUACUUUGAAGGUUCUUACCUCCCUGAUGGCAGUGCCGUGGAUCCGGAUUAUUACUUCUCCACCAUCAGCUCCAGUUUUUCGGUCUCUCCUCUUUUUACUGGGAGCAGCUCAGGAGACUUCCAGGUCCCUCUGGACAUGCUCAGACAACUCCUCCACAUGGUUGAGCAAUUUGUCUCUGAAUCAUUCCUGAAAUCCAUGGACAACACUUUGUCAGAACUUUUAGAGAUAAAUCCUGGUUUCCAUCUUUACUACAAAACCUUCAGUGAUCCGCUGUAUGUAGCCAUAUUUAAAAUGCUGAGAGACACUUUGUACAAUCUGAAAGAUCUUCAGACUGACUAUGUGAAGGAGGUCCAUGACUUUGUUUUGGAGCAGUUCAGCAGCAGUCAGUCGGAGCUGCAGAGGAUUCUUCAUGAUGUUGAGUAUCUCCAGAGUGAAUUGAGCCCACUCAAACUGCGCUGCCAGGCCAACGCUGCCUGUGUUGAUCUUAUGGUGUGGGCUGUAACAGAGGAACAGGGAGCUGAGAACCUUUGCACCAAACUGUCAGAGAAGCUGCAGUCAAAAACAUCCAGUAAAGUUAUAAUUGCCCACAUGCCCCUCCUCAUAUGCUGCCUACAGGGUUUGGGUCGCCUGUGUGAGCGCUUCCCUGUCGUUGCCCACUCUGUCACUAUGUCUCUCAGAGACUUCCUGGUGGUGCCUUCUCCUGUUCUGGUGAAGUUGUACAAAUAUCACAGCCAGUCCACUCCAGUAGCAGGUAGUGAGAUAAAGAUCCAUGUAACCAACGAGCAUUCCCAGUCAACACUCAGCACUAAUUCAAACAAAAAAAGCCAACCCUCCAUGUAUGAACAGCUGCGGGACAUCUCCAUCGAUAACAUCUGCAGGUGUCUGAAAGCUGGCCUCACCAUGGACAGUGUCAUUGUAGAAGCUUUUCUAGCCAGCCUGUCUAACCGUCUCUACAUCUAUCAAGAGAAUGACAAAGAUGCCCACCUGAUCCCGGACCACACCAUCAGGGCUUUGGGCCACAUCGCUGUGGCCCUACGAGACACUCCCAGAGUGAUGGAGCCCAUCCUGCAGAUCCUACAGCAGAAGUUCUGCCAGCCCCCCUCCCAGCUCGACGUCCUCAUCAUAGACCAGCUUGGCUGCAUGGUCAUCACAGGAAAUCAAUACAUCUACCAGGAAGUGUGGAAUCUGUUCCAGCAGAUCAGUGUCAAGGCGAGCUCAAUGGUUUACUCUACCAAAGACUACAAAGACCAUGGGUACAGACACUGUUCCUUGGCUGUAAUAAAUGCUCUGGGGAACAUAGCAGCUAACCUCCAGGCUGAGCAGAUGGUGGACGAGCUGCUGGUCAACCUGCUGGAGCUUUUUGUUCAGCUUGGUUUGGAGGGGAAGAGAGCCAGCGAGAGGGCCUCGGACAAAGGGCCAGCCUUGAAGGCAUCCAGCAGUGCUGGAAACCUUGGUGUCCUCAUCCCAGUGAUAGCAGUGCUGACCAAGAGGUUACCACCGAUCAAGGAAGCAAAGCCUCGCCUGCAGAAGCUGUUCAGGGACUUCUGGCUCUACUCUGUGGUCAUGGGAUUUGCAGUAGAAGGCUCAGGUCUGUGGCCAGAGGAGUGGUAUGAAGGAGUUUGUGAGAUCGCCACCAAAUCGCCUCUACUGACGUUUCCUAGUGGAGAACCAUUACGCUCAGAGCUGCAGUACAACUCUGCGCUGAAGAACGACACCGUCACUCCAGCAGAGCUGACUGAGCUGCGCAGCACCAUCAUCAACCUGCUGGAUCCUCCUCCCGAGGUGACCGCCCUCAUCAGCAAGCUGGACUUCGCCAUGUCCACGUACCUGCUGUCUGUUUACAGACUCGAGUACAUGAGGAUGCUGCAUUCUCUGGACUCGGAGCGCUUUCAGGUCAUGUUUCGGUACUUUGAAGACAGGGCGAUACAGAAGGACAAAUCUGGCAUGAUGCAGUGUGUGAUAACUGUAAGCGACAAGGUUUUUGAGGUCUUCCUUCAAAUGAUGGCUGAAAAAUCAAAGACCAAGUCCCAUGAAGAGGAGCUGGAACGCCAUGCUCAGUUCCUCCUGGUCAACUUCAACCACAUCCACAAGCGGAUCCGCAGAGUGGCUGACAAAUACCUGUCUGGUCUGGCUGAAACGUUCCCCCACCUGCUGUGGAGCGGCCGUGUGCUGAAGACCAUGUUGGACAUUCUGCAGACGCUCUCACUGUCCCUCAGUGCUGAUAUUCAUAAAGACCAGCCUUAUUAUGACAUCCCAGACACGCCGUACAGAAUCACCGUCCCAGACACACAUGAAGCCAGAGAGAGCAUCGUGAAGGACUUUGCUGCACGAUGUGGAGAAAUCCUUAAAGAAGCUAUGAAGUGGGCUCCAUCUGUCACGAAAUCCCACCUGCAGGAGUACAUUAACAAACAUCAGAACUGGGUGUCAGGUCUCUCCCAGCACACCGGCCUGGCCAUGGCUACUGAAAGCAUUUUGCACUUUGCUGGUUACAACAGACAGAGCACCACUCUGGGCUCCACUCAACUGACUGAGAGGCCAGCAUGUGUAAAGAAGGACUACUCCAACUUCAUGGCUUCCCUUAAUCUACGGAACAGAUACGCUGGAGAGGUUGCAGGUAUGAUCCACUUUGCCAAGGCGGUCCGGGGACAGUCCGAUCUGAGUCGUCUGAUGAUCAAACAGAUGGGAGAGGCUCUAGACUCUGCUCAGCCUGAAGCCUUCACUGAGGCCAUGUUCAAACUGGCAGCGUUGCUCAUCAGCAGCAAAGAUUGGGACCCUCAGCUGCUGCACCACCUCUGCUGGUCACCCCUUAAAAUGUUUACAGAGCAUGGCAUGGAAACAGCCAUAGCCUGCUGGGAGUGGCUGCUGGCAGCACGUGCAGGAGUGGAAGUCCCGUUUAUGCGAGAAAUGGCAGGAGCAUGGCAGAUGACUGUGGAGCUGAAGAUGGGCUUGUUCUCAGAUGCUCAGGUGGAAGCUGACCCUCUGGCUGCAUCAGAGGAAAGUCAGCCUGUCCCUUGCCCUCCGGAUGUUACCCCUCACCACAUCUGGAUUGAGUUUCUGGUCCAGAGGUUUGAGAUAGCAAAGUAUUCCAGUGUCGAUCAGGUGGAGAUAUUUUGCAGUCUGUUGCAACGCUCUCUGUCUCUAGAUGUUGGCGGGGCAAAGAGUAGUCUCAACCGUCAUGUGGCUGCCAUCGGACCUCGCUUCAGGUUGCUGACUUUGGGCCUGGCUCUUCUCCACUUUGACGUUAUUCCCAAUGCAACUGUAAGAAAUGUGCUCCGGGAGAAGAUCUAUUCCACAGCCUUCGAUUACUUCAGUGUUGCUCCGAAGUUUCCCACCCAGGGCGACAAGCAUCUCCGUGAGGACAUCUGCAUUGUGACUCGCUUCUACGCCAGCAUCCUGUCAGACAAGAAGUACCUGGCAGCGUACCAGUUGGUCACACCUGGUGAGCUUGGUACUACCCCAGUCCCGAGUACACUCUCUGCUGGGAUAUUUGGAUCGCUUAUUGUGUCCAGCACUACUCCGAUUUCGAUCUUAAAUAAUCAGGACGCUUGCUUGAACAGUCUGUCGGUGAUGAACGCUGCAGACCUGAGGAGCAACGUAGACUCCAGCGCUCGCUCCCAGCAGAGUGGUCAGGGGUGGAUCAACACAUACCCGCUAUCUAGUGGCAUGUCCACCGCGUCCAAGAAGUCAGGCACGUCCAAGAAGAGUAAUAGAGGAACGCAACUUCAUAAAUACUACAUGAAGCGCCGCACUCUGCUACUGGCAUUGCUGGCCAGUGAGAUCGAACGCCUGACAACAUGGUACAACCCCCUCUCCACUCAGGAGCUGGCCAUCGCCACAGAGCAGUCAGUGGAGACCAGCAUCGCCAACUGGAGGUCCAAGUACAUCAGUCUGACUGAGAAACAGUGGAAGGACAACGUCAAUCUGGCCUGGAGUAUUGCUCCUUACCUGGCUAUGCAACUACCAGCACGGUUUAAAAAUGAUGCCAUUGUUGCUGAAGUGACUAGACUGGUCCGACUGGAACCUGGAGCGGUCAGCGACGUACCCGAAGCCGUCAAGUUCCUGGUGACGUGGCAUACCAUUGAUGCUGACUCUCCUGAGCUGAGCCACAUCUUGUGUUGGGCUCCAGCCGACCCGCCCACCGGACUGUCCUACUUCAGCAGCAUGUAUCCUCCUCAUCCCCUCACUGCUCAGUACGGGGUUAAAGUGCUGCGCUCCUUUCCUCCUGAUGCCAUCCUGUUCUACAUCCCUCAGAUUGUGCAAGCACUUCGUUACGAUAAGAUGGGUUAUGUGAGAGAGUACAUCCUGUGGGCGGCGCAGAAGUCUCAGCUUCUCGCUCACCAGUUCAUCUGGAACAUGAAGACCAACAUCUACAUGGAUGAAGAGGGACACCAGAAAGACCCUGACAUUGGGGAGCUGUUGGAGCAGAUGGUGGAGGAGAUCAUGGGCUCUCAGUUGGGUCCAGCCAAGGAUUUCUACCAGAGAGAGUUUGACUUCUUCAACAAGAUCACCAACGUGUCCGCCAUCAUCAAGCCUGUUCCAAAGGGAGAGGAGAGAAAACGAGCCUGUCUCAAGGCUCUGUCUGACAUCAAGGUGCAGCCAGGUUGUUACCUGCCAAGUAAUCCAGAGGCCAUAGUACUGGACAUAGACUAUAAGUCUGGAACUCCCAUGCAGAGUGCUGCUAAGGCGCCCUAUCUGGCUAAAUUUAAGGUGAAGCGCUGCGGGGUGAGUGAACUAGAGAGGGAGGGUCUUCGUUGUCCUUCAGACUCUCUGGAGGACGGAGAGGAGAAUUCUGACGGCUCCUGCAGAGUCUGUUGGCAGGCGGCCAUCUUUAAAGUGGGAGAUGACUGCAGACAGGAUAUGCUGGCUCUGCAGAUUAUUGGGCUUUUUAAGAACAUCUUCCAGCUGGUCGGUCUGGAUCUGUUUGUCUUCCCCUACAGAGUGGUGGCCACUUCACCCGGGUGUGGUGUGAUUGAGUGCAUCCCAGACUGUAAGUCAAGAGACCAGCUUGGGAGGCAGACUGACUUUGGGAUGUAUGAUUACUUCCGAAACCAGUACGGAGAUGAAUCCACCCUCGCCUUCCAGAAGGCUCGGUACAACUUUAUCCGCAGCAUGGCCGCCUACAGCCUCCUGCUGUUCCUGCUGCAGAUCAAAGACAGGCACAACGGCAACAUCAUGCUGGACAGCAAGGGACACCUCAUCCACAUUGAUUUUGGCUUCAUGUUUGAGAGCUCUCCUGGUGGAAACCUGGGCUGGGAGCCUGACAUCAAGCUGACCGAUGAGAUGGUGAUGAUCAUGGGAGGCAAAAUGGAGGCUACGCCUUUUAAAUGGUUCAUGGAGAUGUGUGUCAGAGGAUAUCUGGCUGUGAGACCUUACAUGGAUGCAGUGGUUUCUCUGGUGACCCUCAUGCUGGACACAGGACUUCCGUGUUUCAGAGGACAAACCAUAAAACUCCUUAAAGGGCGCUUUAAUCCGCAGAUGAGUGAGAAAGAAGCAGCAGCAUUUAUGAUCAAAGUCAUCCAGAGCUGUUUCCUCAGCAGCAGGAGCAAAACCUACGACAUGCUGCAGUAUUACCAGAACCAGAUUCCUUACUGAGGCUCCUGAGCCGGACCUCUGCUGUAAACCCAAAAGUGAUCCAACCAAGGACCUGACCAGCUGUUUCUGCUCCUCAGAGCCGGGCAGCAACAUGGCACUUCAAUGUUGACUCUUCACACUAAAAGCUGUCUGAUUUUAUAACGUACACCUGUGUUUAAGACUUUUACCAAAAUUGAGACCUGAGUCACCCUUUAACUACUUUCUUGAUGUGUUUUUUUAAAUCAGCAAACACUAAAGAUUUCUAUAGCAGAAGGUCAUAAAGGGAACCACAUUUACUGUUUGUCGUUGCUGCUGUUAUCGUUGUGUUGCUGUGCUGUUAACCUCUCUGAUGCACUUUACAGAACAGUUUUCCAUCAGCUCUGCCUGCCUGCGGUUGAGUCGUUACACAUUAGAGAAAAACAAUCCGAGCUGCAGUAUUUUAGAUUUAGAUGUAGUCAGAUAAAAGUAUCAGUCAGCAUUUACUCCUAACAGUAGUCUUUAGAGAUGUGUUUAGAGAACGAGUGGUGUUUUUUUUCCUGUAAAGUAGAUUAUUUACUGUAUCCAGAUGACAGCUAGCUGUUUUCUGUCAUUUGUUUCUAGGUUUACACGUGAACAUCGUGAAAAUUUAAACCCAUUUAACCUGUUACACAAAUGCUUCUCUAUUUUUAAUGGAAGUGCUUGUAUUACUUUUGUAGAAUCGUAUUUAUUGCUGUACCAGUGCAUUCAGAACGAGUCUGUUCUUUUUAGUUCAGGAGCAAACUGGAGCUCCCACUGUCAAAACACCACUGAUGAUUUAUCCUGAGGGAUAAAAUGAUAAGACGGACAAAAAGGCAAUAACAAAAACAUGGCUACCUGAACAUGAAAUGAAAUGAACGGUUAAAAAUGCUCACACGCCAUCAGUAAACACUGAAUAAGGUCACUGAUAAAAACGCGUACUGUCUGAGCUUUAAUUAGUCGUGCUUUACCGGUCAUGAUGGUGAAACUGUUUCCCUGAAUGCAGCAUUAAUGUGGCUGGUUGGUGGAGAACGUUUAAAUAAUCACAAGUUAUUGUGGGAACAGGCAGCAGGCUGGACUAAACGAACCUUUUAUUUUUCCCUUUUCCUCUUUGUUAUUUUUACCUCUUUUUUUUAAUAUUUCGUGUGUUUGGUUAAUUUAAAGUGUUUGCAAUUUUCUAUUCUUUUUGUUAUUUUCCAUUUUAAAUAUUUCCUUUCCAAAAGUUUUAUUCUGCAUUAGAUUUAUUUUAUCAACUCUUAACAGUUAUGUGUAUUUCUGCCCCCUCUGUUUCUGUAGGCAUUGCUGUACCUGUGUUUGUUUCCUGUCCAGUGAGCUGUGUCAGAAUGUUUGUAAACAUUCCUCGUGUCAUCAUUAGUGUUGCAUCCACCUGAACCUGUUGUAUUCCUGAUAACAAACAUCAAGAUGAUGAUUAAAACCUUAUAAGCCAUGUAUCCUGCCCUUGGUAGAAACAGCUGUAGUAAUACUUGACAACAGUAAAAAACUAAAUUUAUGCAAUAUAAUCAUUUAUAUUAUCUGUAUUGAUGCUGUAUUUGUGUGUUGUACUGAACAAGUUGUCUACAUCCUAGCUGUUGUGUGUAUGCUGAAGCUGACUUCCUGUUGCUGUGCACCGACAGCUCAGCCCGAAGUGUUACUGCAGGAUCUUUAACGUAAGCGGCUGCCGCAGCUGCAAUCAGAGCAAUAUUUUUAUUGAGAUGGAUGUUCUUGUUGUCUGCUUUUAUCUGUUAACGAUAUGUGGUCCACUGUGUGUUUGUUUUCAUAAGGAACAGCUGAGAUUUAGACCAUCUGAGAGCGGACAAUCAGUCUGAUCCUCAUUUUUAAAAGAUCUUCAGAAAGAUUGAAUCAAAAUGGAAGCCCGUGUGGACAUUACACUGAUGAUGAGAACGUUAUCACUAGUUUCACUCUUAGAAUGUAGUAUUGGAUGUCCUUAUAAAAACAUUCAUAAAGACA